AUGUCUGGUGACGAAGAACCCCCUUCCGGAGUCCACCAUUAUGAGAAUCGCGGUGAUGUGCCUUGGGACAUUCAAAAUUACUUUUCCCAGCGUUAUGAUCUUUUCUCAAAGUACGACGAAGGUGUCUGGCUGACCGACGAUGCGUGGUUCGGCGUUACCCCGGAGUUAAUCGCUACAAAGAUAGCAGAUCAAAUAGCCCGCGCUGCUCCGCCUGAACGGAAGGUUCUCGUAGACGUCUUCGCCGGCGCUGGAGGAAAUACUAUCGCUUUUGCUCGCUCCGGACACUGGAAGAGAGUUUAUGCUAUCGAGAAAGACCCUGCAACGCUACGGUGCGCGCAGCACAAUGCAGAAGUAUAUGGGGUCGCAGAUAAAAUUACCUGGUUUCAGGGCGACUGCUUCGAGAUCAUCAAGUCGCAGUUGAAGGACUUGGCGCCGUAUAGCGUGCUUUUUGCGAGUCCGCCUUGGGGAGGCAAGUCUAGUCAUACACUUCUCCUCCUCUUCAGCAUAUCUAACUCUGCUCUUUGA